AUGGACGCUCGACCCCACAUUAAACGCCUCAUUUCCUCGCCCGUCAUGCCACGUUUCUUUAGCUCACCAAGUGUCGUUUUCAGAACCCAUUUCCAAUUGCUGACAGCUCCUUUACGUUGUUUUGCUCUUGUUUUGCUUUUUGAUUUAAUCACCAUUACGCCUCGUUGUUCAAAACGCGGAUCAUCGGAAGGUCCCAAACCAAUGGAAUAUUCUUCGAGAUAUUUCUGUGCGUCGGUCUGUGGAAUGGCGCGCUCAAGUUCAAAUGAAAAGUCUUAUUGGAUGAAACAAAGCAGAGUUAGUCAGUCAACUUACAUCAUAAUCACCAAGUGUUGUUUGAAACAAACCCAUCCAUGUACUUGCGUAUGUUCCGUAAGGUGUUUCAUCGACAUUUUCGUGUCCUUUAUAAAGGAAGAAGUAUGCUUGGGAGAAUCCAAACAAAACGAUGAUAUAAAUGAUGGAAAAGGUAAACAUGUCGCCAGUAAUCAUAGAAUAAAUCAUUGUGACGAAGGGUCCAGUCAAUCGGAUGGCACUUUGUGGAAAUUAAAGAUAAACAGAUCAGAUUUUCCACAACGAUUUUAA